UAUCAACUAGUAUCGCCUAAUGAUACACUAUGUGGCACCAGCGUCAGUAGUCUGAUAGAUUCAUUGAAUACGAUACUGGCUCUCGAGAGUGGAGAUCACACUUACCCGACUACGAGCUAUCAUAACACAUCCAGAGACUGACGACUCGCGACUUGAAGACCGUCAUAUAGUCAAAAUUCAGAAACAAGCGCGGAUAUGGCUAGAGUCCACAGCAGUUGCCACCCGGCAGUGAUAUAAUGGUCAAUCGAUUACUCCGGCGAGCCACAGUCCGGCCGUGCAUACUACUAAUAGUACUCCGUCUUGAAGAACAUUCUGCCCCGUUUGUCAUUGCCCAAGUUCAAGUCACUAGUAGCCGUAUUCAGUGCCACUGGCAAUUGGCAUGACUUCAACUUCAACACACCACAACGAUAUGGCAUCUUCACUCAGGCCUACGACUUCGACAACCACCAGGCGGUAUGAGAAGUUUCCCUGUACCAAAUCCAACUGGCUCUCCUUCAUCCAUCCAGAAGGGCAACUGUAUUUUCAUAUGAAACGUGACCGUUUCUCGGUCGUCACAGAGGAAAAUGUAUCAAAUAUUGAGACAGACAAUUUGGUGUCCAGCUACCUGGCAAUAAUCGAAAAAAGAAUCCUCGAAUGCGGAAUCACAUUGCCACAAACAUGCGAACUCUUCGUCGAGCUUCGGUUUGAUGAACCCCCACGAACGUCCACAUGUGCAUAUUAUUUCGUGGAUCAUCAUAGCCACUGUCUCUUCUGGCUCGAGCCCACGUCAUCAGAACUACUCGACAUGGGUAUGUUAGUGUCUGACUCACACUUGGAUACUGCAUUGGAAAGACUCUACUGGGUACAUGUCGAGUUUUUCCCGAUGCACGUCUGCACACAGAUGACGCCACUCAUUUUGGACAACUUGAUCAGUGUCAUCUGUCACGGCAUGACAGAUCGUAUGACGUCGCGGACCUCCACAUUCCCAUAUACUGAGGAAAAGUGUGACCAACUUCUGCGGGCAUUAUCCUUACGACGAGAUGGCUAUACACUAUGUUUUGUCGCUCGUCUUUGGGGUGCGAUCAAUAAUCAACGAUUCAUGACAUACUAUGGUCAAGAAAAUGCUCAACUGGACAGAUUGCAUCCACCGAUGCCAGAAGACAUAGUUGAUCACACCGGGAUGCGUGCACUGGCGAACCUGACGUUGUGGGGAAUCCCUAACCACCACUACUCCAAGCUUCAUGACCUGUUUGUUCAUGACAAGGUGUAUAUUGAUCACUGGCAGGCUUUCAUCACUGCAUGCAUCUCGGAAUGGAGAGGAUUACUUGUGUGGGCAUUUUCGGUUCUUAUUGCCAGCAUUCUCAUUUCAAUGCUACCACGUGCGUCCUUGUCAUCUGCUAUGGCACCAAUUCUUGCGGCAUCUUCAAGCAUCUUGUCGGGAUCAAUCCUGCUCUUGAGACACCAUGGUUUCGAAGAUACAACCGCCUCGUUUGCUGCGAACUUUCUCCGCUCAGCAAAAUCGUCUGAUUGGGGUUUCCUGCCCUUAUCUAUUGUAUACAGCAUGCCAAAAGCGAUGUACUUAUGGAGCAUGGGACUUAUGGUUGCUCAAUUAGUAUUCUGGGCUUCCCGCGUGAUUGGUGUCCUUUGGGCAUCAGGUGGCGCUGGCUUUCUAGCACUAAUGGGUUAUUCCAUCCUCUAUUCCACAUCUUUGGAGGAUGAUGACCCCGAUUCCAUGGUCACUAUGCUGCGCAGCCAUUGGCAAACAUUCCAAAGCGGUUCUGGGGAAGUCACCGAAACUUCGACGGUAUAAAUCCAAUAUCAGUCGUCUUUUCCAUAAAUCUUCCAAUGUAGGUCGACAAAUAACCCACACUAAGGGAGUCAAAGAACAACUUAUGUACCAUAUCACGCAACUUUCCGAGUUUGUAUCCCGGUCGCUAAGUAUUUGAAGCAAUCUCAAUAUAAGUAGAAUAUAUGUAGACAGACCAAAGUUGCAAAGAGGCUU